CGAACCUCCGGAUCAUGAUCGGAAGCGGUAUUUGUUGAGUGUCCAGUGACCGUAAGAGGUAUCACUCCGACCAUCAUCCAACACACGCAACCCUUUUGACAAUAUGAGCGGAAAAAUCAAAACAGCUUUAUUUGAUAGCAAUACGUUCAAAUUGGAUCAACAUUAUCCACGUCCAUCAAUCGCUCAUGAUGCAAAGCCAUUUAGCAAGCAACCAUUAACGGCACUCUAUUUGAUACUCUACAUUCCAUUCUUGCUGAUCAUCGUUCCAAUUUAUGCAAAUCUUCGAUGGGUAUAUUUGCGUCUGUUUGUUCCCACAGCUCCAAAUUGGUCUCUACUCAAUUUCGUAACAGUGUAUCUUGUCCGACAUACAGUAUGGUAUUGGUGGUGUACGACAAAAGGCGGUUUACGUGGAAUCUUUCAUGCAAACCUAACUGAACAACAAAGAAAGCGAAGAAGAGCUUGGUUUGGUGCAAUGCCGGAUGAAAUUCAACCAUUUUCACUGGAAGAAUUGGUUGAACCUAUGCGAAGUUGGGCAGUAGAAACAGAUGCGCAGGAUUUGCAAGGUACAGUACCGAUUUGGUGGAUGGGAGACAGAGGUAAUGCAUUGAAGCAAUCAAAAGCGAAGAAAGAUGAAACUUUGCUGGUCUAUUUGACAGGAGGUGGAUAUAUGAUCUCAAGCUGUCAUCCUGCUGUACCUUUGGCUCAUCUGAUGCAGCAUGUGAUGAAAGAAUUCAAAACCAGUAACUCAAAACGUUUACCAAAAUCGGCAGUAACGGUAGAAUAUCGUAAAUCCGGAGAAGCUCCAACACCAUGUGCAUUGAUGGAUUGUUUGGCGUUGUAUAAACAUUUGUUGGAAGAUUUACGAUUUGAUCCGAAUAAUAUUGUCAUUAUGGGAGAUUCAGCAGGUGGACAUCUUGUCAAUUCUUUGAUCAGAUACGGACAAGAUGCAGAUAUACCCACACCAAAAGCUGCCAUCUUUAUAUGCCCUUGGACGGAGCAAGCUGGAACGAUUGUAGAGCAUCCGCACUCAUCCUUUCAACGCAACAAACCUUAUGAUGUUUUGAGCGACAAUUUUUAUCACAUGUGUCGAGACACAUUUGCGAUGCAUUUCAAACAACCGAAUAAAACCCUUUUGGACGUUUAUUUUAGUCCUUGCUCCGUCUUAGGAAAGGUAACCAAGAACGGCAAGCUCAUCAAGGAAAGCGAAGAAAGUACAAUUUUUCAAGAUUGGCCAAAAACGUUUGUGAUUGGAUGUUAUGGAGACAUUUUAUUUGAUCAAAGUACGGAAAUGUAUAGGCGAGUACUUUUGAGUAAAGAAGCGGAAGGUAAAGCCACAACAAAAGAAGAAAUUUCUUUACAUUUGAUGGAAGGAUCACAUGAUCCAUUCGUUGCCCCGUCUUUCGUUUUUGCAAAAGAGAGAAAAAAAGCUUUAAAGGUCCUAUGUGAAUGGGUUGCAAAUUCUUUGUAGAAUAUUCCCUUUUUAGUGCAGGGGUGGGUCUCAUAAUCUGCUUUUAUCCCGGUCUGCAAGUAUGUUCUAUUCACUUUAUUCAGCCCAGUCUAUCAUGUCAGCAAAUGUGCGUGUGUGUGUUUGUGUGGCCGAUUGUGGGGAACGGUGACCGACUCGGAGGCGAGAUAGUAAAGACAUGCAAACAAGAACAGGGAAUUGUCCCGCCGUGAAUGAUUUCUUCUUGAUUAAUUCUCCGACAAGAGUAAGCAUGUUUUGGUCUAGAUUUCUUUCAGUCCCCAUCUAGUG